AGCCAUUCGGGCUCGCGGUCGCGGGGGCGCGGCGAGGUGCCGCCAUGGCCCCCGGCGGGGCGACCGCCGGGCGCGCGGGCGCCCGCCGCGGCAUCCCGGGGGGCGGAUGCUGAAGGGGCUGCUGGCGCGGUGGCUGAAGCAGUACGUCAAGGGCCUCAGCUCGGACCAGGUCCACACUUCGCGCCUCGCCUCGGGCAAGCUGACCCUGGACGACGUGGAGCUGGACCUCGGCGCGGUGGCGGACCUCCUCGUGGGGGCGCUGCCCUACACGCUCGAGCUGCGCCGGGUCUACUGCAGGCGCGUGUCCCUGAAGGUGCCCUGGAAGUCGCUGCGGCGGAGCUCCGUAUGCGUGGACGUGGAGGGUGUGGAGGUGGAGGUCGCGGUUCACGACCAGGAUGAUGCCGAUUGGUUGGCGAGGCAGACGGAGCUGCAGCACCGCCAGUUGGUGCGGGGCAGCAUGCUCGCGGCGGAGGGGCUGCUGCGCGACGAGGAGGACGAAGAGCAGAAGCAGGACGGCGACCGGCGGCAUGCGCGCGACCAGCUGCGGGUUGGCCUCGACAAGGUCAUCGCCGACGGCCUGCGCGCCACCCUGCGCGGCCUGAGCGUCGUGCUCGCGGCGGCCGCGCCGCCGCGGGCGGCCGAGGUC